AACAAUUAUAGAAGUUUUGCUUAAACAUAAUUUGUUUAACUUUGUGGGCAAUGAAGUGGAAGUGUUUAUUUAAAAUGUCCCAGGGACAUGACUGCUUCUUGCACAGAGGAGAGGACUGAAAUGUGUUUGUAAUAAGUUUUGGUUGUAUUAUGUCGGCGGAAUUUUAAAUCAUUGAUCUGUAUAUUUAGUUAGUAUUUACAUGCUGUAUUGGAAUUUACUUAUUCGCGAUCAAAGUCAUUCAUAAACCUUUUGUUACUUUAUCGCCGCUAGAGUAAAUUAAUGCCAAAAACAUUGAACCAAGUGGAUUUAAUGAAAAUAGAUUAUGCAAGAAAAUUUAGAGGAAAUACGGUCAUUCCUUAAACAUAUGGACAUGUUUUUGCUAAGGUGCAGAUUUACUCCAGGGUAGGGUAAUAAAUAGUUUAGGAGAACUUUAAGAGGGUGGCUAUUGCGUCACGUACAGCAUGUUUGUGCAUAGUGAUUAAUCAAGUUUCAUGAGUUUGGAUAAAUUCAAAGCAACGCCUAAAGUGUUCUGCUUUUGUCAACCCACGUCGAAAUGCAUAGAGUGCAGAUUUGGCAAAGUUUUACCUGUAAAAUGGAAGGCUUUGGGACUAUCUAAGUGGUAUCUUUUGUGUUUAUACAUUUGAAAAUAAAAACAAGUAUUGCACACUUUGAAAGAGUUUACAAUUCAACUCGGAGAUUAAUAUAUGAGAUUACAUUUGAAGACAGAGUUUACAUUUAACCACGGAUUUACGCUUUACCAAGGUUUUCACGCUUGUAUACGGAUUUUACGUUUAUUUACGGAUUCAAGGGUCCGGAAGACCGAACAUGUGCCGAAGAACCUUUAUACACGAAACCAGGUUAAGUGGGGACUUAAAGACACAUAUUUACCUACCUUCGUUAUUACCGUGAUCUGGUACCGCUGACGUCAACCUGAAUAAUGACGUCAUCUGAGGAAAUUAGGAAACGAGACCGGAAGCAGGAUGUGGACGGAGGUUACGCGUGGGCCAUCCUAGCAGGCUGUUUCCUGAUGUACAUGAUCGUAGUGGGUGGUCUAAAGGCGUACGGCGUGCUGUACGUUGAGAUGAUAUUAGAGUACGAACGCGGAAGCGGAAACACCGCGUGGAUUGGAGGCAUCUGCAUCCUCCUCACACUCGUGGGAGGUCCAGUGGCCAACCUGCUCAGCAGGCGCUUUUCAUUCAGGAGUGUCUCCUUCGUCGGCGGUUUGCUUGUUUCCGUCGGUUUCAUCUCGUCGGCGUUUGUACCUAACAUGGAUUAUAUGUUCUUUACUCUCGGAGGGUUGGUCGGGGUAGGGUACAGCCUGGCAUUCGCUCCGUGCUCAACGAUCAUCAGUUUCUACUUCGAGGAGCGGCGGGCGCUGGCUAACGGCAUCACAGUGUCCGCUAGCGGCAUCGGAGCCCUCAUAUUUCCCUUCGCGUACAAGUUCCUGAUUGAGACUUACGGUUUAAGCCGGACGUUUUUCAUCCUGGGGGCGUUCGUCCUUAACAUAUGCGCAGCGGCUUGCUUUUUCCGGCAGCCACGCGAGCUGGUCUUAGAAAAGAAGCGAAUGUGGAAAAGAACCGGAAGUUCCAAGACCCCGGACCACAAGUCAUUGUUAAAUGGAAAUUCACGUAUCAAAAGAUCUGAGUCUGAAUUGACCCGAGAAAACUCCUGCUGUCGUGGAUUUUUUGACGGAUUAUUUAAAUGCUCUCUGUUCUGUAAUCCACUUUUUCUUAUGUAUGUCAUCGCGUUUGUGCUGUGUAUGAAUGGAUAUGGUCCAAGCGUGAUUCAAAUUCCCGGGCACUUGCAGUUGCUAGGAUACGACAAUUUUCACGUGGCGAUCGCCCUAUCAACUAUGGGGGGCUGCGAGGUCGUGGCGAGAAUUGCCUUUGGCUGGUUAGCGGACAAAGGAUAUCUCAAACGCAGGCAUAUUUUCAUAUUCAGUAUGUCCGUAGCGGGAGUGUUCAGUUUAAUUGCCCCGCUGUUUAAAAACUUUUAUUUUUACGUCGGGUACGCAGCAAUUAUGGGAAUAUUUCCAGGGUCGUUUUGGUCUUUGAUCUCAGUGUUGAUUAUCGACGUGGUCGGGAUGAAGGACUUUACCGCCGCCUUCGGUCUCGUGUCUUUAUGUCUUGCUCUGGGAAGUGCCAUUACGCAGCCAUCCAUGGGGUGGUUGACAGAUUACACAGGAAGUUGGAACAGUUCGUUCCUUCUGACCGGAUGUCUGUUAUUAGCGUCUGCCUGUGUUGCCAUGUUCGAGCCUUUGAUCAAGGAAACCGUUAAGCGGCGGCGUGCGGCCAGGGCAACCGCUCAGGAACGACGAACGCUUGAUAUGAUGCCUGUCCGAUUCCGUCGCUCAAAGUCUACCCUGUCUCUAACCGUCAGAGACGUCGCUCCGAGUCCGCCCGUGGAAGAAGGCGUUGACGUCACCCUAACGUCACGAAGAAUCAGCCGGAUAUACAGGCCGGUGGAAACGGAAGAAGACGCGCCCUCCACCCCUGAUAGAUCAUCUGCGCCUACAGCUGAUCUCACGGAAGUUUGAGGAUAGUAAAACAAUGUUGAUGUUGUGAUUGUUAAAUGACUGGGUCUUGAUUUUCUGGUAUAAUUUAAGAAUAAUCAAGAGCGCCUGCUUUCAAUCAGCUUUGGACACAAUACCUUAAAUGAUAAGCCAAAGAGACGCAUGUUUGUAAACUUAAAAACUCGAAAUAGAGGAUGAAAUCGUGGAGGCGGGCAAGGUUGCAGCACCAUUCAAAAAUAGAAAAUGAGGGCGUAAAAACGCGGGUUUUAUUGGAAUCUCGAUUUGUUUGUUAAAAAGUUGCAUUUAAAACAAUGUGUUGUCGUUUUAAUGCAAAUAAACCAAUGUUUAAUGAUGAUGGCGAUGAUGAUGAUGACGAUGAUGAUGAUGCCAGCUGAACUUGUCAAAUGUACUCUUCCAUCGAAUUAUGUUGCCGUAUCUUGGAUGUUGACUGCCGAAGCUUAUUGCAACCAAUACACGGCGUAACAGCCAUGUUGUGCCAUAUUUUGGUAGUAAUUAAACAGGUUGUGAAGCAGUACCGGCGCGUGAACGUGUAGCUUCCCGUACAAAUGUUCGUUUUCGAAUCUCUAUCUGUUUGUGAAGGCUCACUGAAACUGACGAUUUGCACUUGAGUUUGUACAUUUACUAACCGAGGUAACCAUAUGUUACUGUGAUACAUUUAAACGCUCUUUGCACGAGCCUACCCAAAUCUGUGUGACAAAGAUAACAUACAUGUAUGUAUUUUACAAGUGGCUUAGAUAUCUGCCCUGGGUUCACUUACUCCCAAAUAAGCAGUACUAAAAGGAUUAAUAUAUAUCGAAAACAAUGGUUCUUAUGAAGGAUACCGUGCUUAAUUUGAAAGAAAAGUGCAGAAAACACGGUAUUUCUACCAUAUGAGACGAUAGAAGAUCAGAGUAAAUCUUUUACGUCCCACCAGUCAUUUACUAUUUGUGCGUUUUCAUCUAAUAAACGAUUACAAUCUUGUUAUCAGCAACUCAUAUUUCCAUAAACUCAUUAUUAAGUAAGAAGUUGAAAGUUUAUCACUCGAAAUUUAUGUUUGUAAUACAUGUGUAUGUAUUGGUUUUAAAUAAGAGUUUCACUUUAAGGCUAAGAGUGGCUGAUGUUAGUUAACGUAAGCACACUA